AUGAUGUGUGCUGCUGCUGCGGCAGCGGCCGCCGCCGCCGCCGGUGGUGGUGCCGGCGGUGCUGGCGGGAUUCUGCCCUCCGCGUCGCCGUCGAUGGGGCUGGGUGUCCGGGUGGUCUCCGGAGCGGGGUCCGAUCUCGCCACCAUUGGCUCGGGCAUGGGUCCCUGUCCGACGCCCGGAGCCCAGUCGGACUGUCGGACUCGGUACCAGCUCCUACUCUCGGGGCGAGCUCUGGCGGAGAGAUACCGGCGGAUCUACACCACCGCCAUCAACGACAAAGAGCAAGGGACAAACCAAGGAAGGGGAAAGAAGGCUUUGAGUAAGAAGAAACUGAAGAGGCGACAGAAAGUCAAGUCAAAAGUCAAAUCACGAACAAAGGCCGACAGUAUAGAUGGAGCCCUCUGUGUGCCGGACAUCAAGGUGCACAGCAACCCAUCUGCAUUCAAUGUCUACUGCAAUGUGCGGCACUGUGUGCUGGACUGGCAGCAGAGAGAGGCCUCCCUGGCGUUGGCCUCCAGGAGCUCAGUGCAGAGCGGAGACUCGGACAGCGAGGAGGAGGAGGAGUACCGCGAGCCAGCCGUCAAGCUGCCAAAGAUCAUCGGCAUUGGCCUGUGCGGGGUAUUCGAACUGAUAAAAGAGACUCGGUUCUCUCACCCUUCACUGUGCCUGCGUAGCCUGCAAGCCUUGUUGGACAUGCUACAGGGACAACAGCCCGAAGGCUUCCAGACUGAGCCCCCUGAUGUGCUAGAGUCUCUUUUCCAAUUGCUAUUGGAGACCACGGUCCGGAGCACGGGGCCCAAUGACCCGACGGGACAGGCCAUCACUGCCCUGUCCUGCGCCUGCCUCUUUAGUCUGGUGGUGGCCUGGGGAGACACCGGCAAAAUUCUGCAGGCCGUGUCCGCCAUCCUCACCAACAACGGCAGCCACGCCUGCCAGACGAUACAGGUGCCCACAAUACUGAACGCGCUACAGAGAAGUGUACAGGCCGUCCUGGUGGGGAAGAUUCAAAUUCAAGAUUGGUUCGGGAAUGGCAUCAAACGCGGGGCCCUGAUGAACAAGUGGGUGCUGAAAGAGGUGGCCAUCGAUGACGAUGAGCGCUGUCUUCUGCAGACAGAUGGCUCCUUCCUGUAUUUGCUCUGCAAAGACGGACUGUACAAAGUGGGCUCUGGAUACAGUGGAACUGUCAGGGGCCACGUGUACAACUCCACGUCCCGAAUCAGGAAUCGGAAGGAGAAGAGAUCAUGGCUCGGCUUUGCUCAGGGGUACUUGUUGUAUCGGGACACAACUAACCACAGUAUGGCGGCCGUCAAGAUCAACCCUGAGACCUUGGAGCAUGAGGGGACUGUCACCAUGCCAGGUGCUGAAACAACACUUUGUGGACAACACUCAGAUGGACAGAACAUCAUCUUCACAGACGGAGAGUACAUCAACCAGAUCGCAGCCUGCAAGGAUGAUGGUUUCGUGGUGCGGAUCUAUACCAUGAGCUCAGACCCGGCCCUGCAGCAGGAACUGCAGCUGAAGCUGGCAAGGAAAUGUCUGCACGCCUGCGGCAUCUCUCUCUUUGACCUGGAGAAGGAUCUGCACAUCAUCAGCACAGGCUUUGAUGAGGAGGCAGCGUUGCUCGGAGCAGGCAGGGAGUUUGCUCUGAUGAAAACUGCCUCAGGAAAGAUCUACUACACAGGAAAGUACCAGAGCCUGGGUAUAAAGCAGGGUGGCCCGUCAGCAGGGAAAUGGGUGGAACUGCCUGUUACAAAGUCUCCCAAGAUCAUUCAGUUCUCAGUCGGUCACGAUGGCUCUCAUGCUCUUCUGGUGGCCGAAGACGGAAGUGUGUUCUUCACAGGCUCUGCCAGCAAGGGAGAGGAUGGAGAGUCCACUAAAAGUCGCAGGCAGCCCAAACCGUACAAGCCCAAGAAGAUGAUCAAACUCGAGACCAAGACGGCGGUGUACACAGCGUGCAACAAUGGCAGCAGCAGCAUCGUCACCAAGGAAGGAGAGCUCUACAUGUUUGGCAAAGAUGCCAUUUACAGUGACAGUACCUGCCAGGUGACAGACCUGAAAGGUCACGUUGUAACUCAGGUUGCCAUGGGAAAGGCCCACACAUGUGUCCUGACCAAGAGCGGUGAAGUGUGGACAUUUGGUGUGAACAACAAGGGCCAAUGUGGCAGAGACACUGGAGCCAUGAGCCAGACAGGGAAAGCGUUUGGUGUGGAAAGCAUGGCCACAGCCAUGGAUGAAGACCUGGAGGACGAGCUGGAGGAGAAGGAGGAGAAGAGCAUGAUGUGCCAGCCGGGCAUGCACAAGUGGAAGUUGGACCAGUGCAUGGUCUGCACGGUGUGCGGAGACUGCACCGGCUACGGCGCCAGCUGUGUCAGCAGCGGACGACCAGACAGAGUACCAGGAGGUAUCUGUGGCUGUGGGUCUGGAGAGUCUGGCUGUUCGGCAUGUGGCUGCUGCAAGGCCUGUGCCAGGGAGCUUGAUGGGCAGGAGGCCAGACAGAGAGGCAUCUUCGAUGCUGUGAAGGAGAUGAUUCCUCUCGACCUGCUGCUAGCUGUGCCUGUCCCUCCCCCUCCAGGAGUGAACAUCGAGGAACACAUUCAGAUCCGCCAGGAGGAGAAGCGACAGAGGAUCAACCGCCGACACAGGCUUGAGGAGGGCAGAGGCCCCCUUGUUUUUCCUGGUCCCAUUUUAAUGAACCAGCGUGAGCAGGCCCUAGCCAGAAUAAGACCCCUUCAGGCACUAAGGCAUAAACGGGACAAGCACAAAGACGGUAGCAGCGAGCGAGGAGAGAAAGAUGCCAGCAAAAUUACCACCUAUCCCCCAGGGGCAGUGCGAUUUGACUGUGAGCUGCGAGCGGUGCAGGUCAGCUGCGGUUUUCACCACUCAGUGGUGUUGAUGGAAAAUGGAGACGUCUACACUUUUGGUUACGGCCAACACGGGCAGCUCGGACACGGAGAUGUCAACUCCAGGGGUUCUCCAACUCUGGUGCAGGCCCUUCCAGCUCCGAGUGUCCAGGUGACGGCAGGCAGUAACCACACAGUUGUCCUCCUCAUGGACGGGCAGGUCUUCACGUUUGGCAGCUUCUCGAAAGGGCAGCUUGGACGGCCCAUCCUAGACAUGCCCUACUGGAAUGCGAAGCCAUCUCCCAUGCCCAACAUCGGUGCCAAAUAUGGACGGAAGGCCACAUGGAUUGGCGCCAGUGGAGACCAGACGUUCCUGCGGAUUGAUGAGGCUCUUAUCAACUCCCAUGUCCUGGCUACUUCGGAGAUCUUUGCCAGCAAACACAUCAUUGGCCUUGUGCCCUCCUCCUUGUCUGAGCCUCCUCCAUUCAAAUGCUUGCUCAUCAACAAAAUGGAUGGAAGCUGCAGGACUUUCAACGACUCGGAGCAGGAGGACCUCCAGGGAUUCGGCCUAUGUCUGGAUCCUGUGUAUGAUGUCAUCUGGAGAUUCUUGCCAGCAUCGAGAGAGAUGUGGUGCUACAACGCGGUGAUAGCUGAUGCCAGGAUGCCCUCUGCUACAGAUCUACAGGCUCGCUGUAGCAUCCUCAGUCCAGAGCUCGCUCUGCCCUCGGGAUCACAUGCAGCUACCACUCGCUCUCACGGAGCCCUACACAUCCUUGGUUGCCUGGAUACAUUAGCCGCCAUGCAGGAGCUGAAGAUGGGUGUAGCCAGUGCCGAGGAAGAGACCCAGGCAGUGAUGAAGGUCUACUCCAAGGAGGACUACAGCGUGGUGAAUCGCUUUGAAAGUCACGGCGGUGGUUGGGGAUACUCGGCUCACUCUGUGGAGGCCAUCCGCUUCUGUGCUGAUGCGGACAUCCUUCUGGGUGGGCUGGGCCUGUUUGGAGGUCGAGGGGAGUACACUGCCAAGAUCAAGCUUUUCGAGCUGGGACCUGACGGGGGCGACCAUGAGACAGAUGGUGAUCUGCUGGCCGAGACCGACGUACUGGCCUAUGACUGUGCUGCCAGGGAGAAAUACGCCAUGAUGUUUGACGAGCCGGUGCUGCUGCAGCUCGGCUGGUGGUACGUGGCAUGGGCCAGAGUGUCCGGUCCCAGCAGUGACUGUGGCUCCCAUGGACAAGCGACCAUUACCACUGAUGAUGGUGUGAUCUUUCAGUUCAAAAGCUCCAAGAAGUCGAACAACGGUACAGACGUGAAUGCGGGUCAAAUACCUCAGCUGCUUUACAGGCUUCCUUCGAAUGAUGGCAAUGCCGCUAAAGGAAAACAGCAGACUAGUGAACCAGUCCAUAUCCUGAAACGCUCAUUUGCUCGCACUGUGUCAGUGGAGUGUUUUGAGUCUCUGUUGAGUGUCCUUCACUGGAGCUGGACCACCUUGGUCUUGGGUGUGGAGGAGCUGCGAGGGCUGAAGGGCUUCCAGUACACCGCCACGCUGCUGGACUUGGAGAGACUGCGCUUUGUUGGCACAUGCUGCCUGCGCUUGCUCAGGGUCUACAUCUGUGAGAUCUUCCCAAUUGCUGCCAGCACCAAGGCUGUGGUGGAGGAGUCGAGCAAGCUGGCAGAGUGCGUGGGAAAGACGCGCAGCCUGCUGAAGAAGAUCCUGUCAGAAGGCAUGGACAACUGCCUGACCAAGCUGGACAAUGACCCCCAGGGCUACUUGUCUCAGCCUCUUACCCUGCUGGAAGCUGUGCUGCAGGAGUGCCACAACACCUUCACUGCCUGCUUCCACUCCUUCUACCCAACCCCAGCUCUGCAGUGGGCUUGCCUCUGUGAUCUGCUCAACUGCCUCGACCAGGACAUUGCUGAAGCCAAUUUUCGCACAUCCAGCAGCCGUCUGCUGGCAGCCGUAAUGUCGGCUCUAUGCAACACCUCAGUCAAGCUGACAUCCAUCCUGCCCAUUGCGUAUGACGGUGAGGUGCUGCUGCGUUCGCUGGUCAAACAAGUCAGCACAGAGAACGACUCGGCCCUCGCCCACCGCUUCCCCCUGCUGGUGGCCCAUAUGGAGAAACUGAGCCAUACGGAGGAGAACUUGAUGGGCAUGGCCAGUUUUCGAGAGGUACUCGAGAAGAUGCUGGUGAUUGUGGUGCUGCCGGUGAGGAAGAGUUUGAGGAAGGAGGUGGAGCUGUUCUCUCCCCAUCUGGUCUCCAACACCUGUGGUCUGCUGGCUUCCAUCGUUUCCGAGCUCACAGCCUCUGCCCUUGGCUCUGAGGUUGACGGGCUGAACUCACUCCACUCUGUGAAAGCAUCUGCAAACCGCUUCACCAAAACGAGCCAGGGCCGGAGCUGGAACACAGGCAACGGCUCACCGGACGCCAUUUGUAUGACCGUGGACAAGCCCGGCAUUGUGCUGGUGGGCGUCUGUGUCUAUGGAGGAGGGGGCAUCCAUGAGUAUGAACUGGAGGUGUUGGCUGAUGAUGCGCAAACCGAGCACCCAGGGGACUCAGCACAUUCUCACAGGUGGACUUCUCUGGAGCUGGUGAAAGGAACCUACAGCACCGAUGAUUCUCCCAGUGAUAUUGCUGAGAUUCGCCUGGACAAGGCUGUGCCACUCAAGGAAGGGGUAAAGUAUGCUGUCCGAUUGCGAAACUACGGUAGCAGGACAGCUAAUGGUGAUGGGGGUAUGACCACAGUGCAGUGCUCGGACGGUGUGUCCUUCACAUUCAGCACCUGCAGCCUGAGCAGCAAUGGGACCAACCAGACCAGAGGACAGAUCCCACAGAUCCUCUACUACAGGAGCGAGUAUGAUGGGGACCUCCAGUCUCAGCUGCUGAGCAAAGCCAAUGAAGAAGACAAGAACUGCAGCAGAUCCCUAUCUGUUGUCAGUGCUGUGGUCAGAGCUGCAAAGGACCUGCUUCAUAGGGCCUUUGCUGUCGAUGUGGAUGACAUUCCUGAGCUAUUAAGUUCCUCCAGCCUGUUUUCCAUGCUUCUGCCCCUUAUCCUGGCCUACAUUGGCCCUGUGGCUGCAUCUGUACCUAAGGCUGCCGUAGAGGUCUUUGGACUGGUUCAGGAGCUGUUACCGGCCGUCUCCGCGCUCAACCAAAAAUAUGCCCCACCCACCUUCAAUCCUAACCAAUCAACAGACAGCACGACUGGAAACCAGCCUGAGCAGGGCCUGUCAGCUUGUACCACCUCAAACCACUACUCGGUAAUGGAGAGUGACCACCCUUACAAGCAAGCAGGGGUCUCACAAUACAGGGUGUCAUUCCCAGACUGUGUCCGCUGGACCACCAUUGAGUUUGAUCCACAGUGUGGCACUGCACAGCCAGAGGAUGUCCUACGCCUGCUCAUCCCGAGCCGAACCCUCCACCUGUCCAGCCUUGGGGGCAAACCUCUGAUCCACGAUACCAUCAACACCUGGACCGAGCUGAAGAAGUUCACAGGUGCCACAGGCUGGCCGACCACCGUCCUUGUGCUGCCAGGAAACGAAGUUCUGUUCUCACUGGAAACGGCCUCAGAUUAUGUGAAAGAUGAGAAGGCUUGCUUCUACGGCUUCAAGUGUGUGGCUGUGGGAUAUGAAUUCAACCCAGGCCCCGAUGAGGGUAUCAUCCAGCUGGAGAAAGAGUUGGCCUACCUGGGCAGCGUUUGUGCUGCAGCCCUGAUGAAGAAAGACCUGGCCCUCCCUAUAGGCAAUGAAUUGGAGGAGGAUCUUGAGAUUCUUGAAGAAGCCUCUUUACAGGUUUGCAAGUCCCACUCAGGGAUCCUGGGCAAGGGUCUAGCCUUGUCUCACUCGCCCACCAUCCUGGAGGCCCUUGAGGGAAAUCUGCCCCUUCACCUCCAAACCAAUGAGCACUCUUUCCUUGAGGAUUUCAUCACCUGUGUUCAGACCUCAAGCGGAGGACGUCUGGCCAGGUGGCUGCAGCCAGACUCUUACGCAGACCCUCAGAAGACAUCUCUGAUCCUGAACAAAGAUGACAUUCGCUGUGGAUGGCCAACCACUGUGGUCGUGCAGACCAAAGACCAGUAUGGCGAUGUGGUGCACGUUCCCAACAUGAAGGUGGAGGUAAAGGCUGUACCUGUUUCGCAAAAGAAGUCAUUGCAGCCUGAGAAUGCAAAGAAGCUGCAGCGACUACCUGGAAGCUCCUCCCCCUUGUCCUCUGGUCCCGACCUUACCUUUGGAGGUCUGCCAAUGCCCAAGCUGGAGUCCACUUAUGAGCCCAUGAUUGUGAAAGAAGCUCGAUACAUUGCUAUUACCAUGAUGAAGGCGUAUGAAAACUACUCAUUUGAAGAGCUACGUUUUGCCUCACCCACCCCAAAGAGACCCAGUGAGAAUAUGCUGAUUCGCGCCAACACCGAUGGAACCUACAGCGCCAACUGGACCCCGGGAGCAGUCGGUCUCUAUACAAUCCAUGUCACCAUUGAUGGCAUUGAAAUAGAUGCUGGUUUGGAGGUAGAAGUCAAAGACCCUCCCAAAGGAAUGAUACCACCUGGCACUCAGAUGGUGAAACCAAAGGCUGAACCUCAGCCUAGCAAGGUCCGCAAAUUUGUGUCCAAGGACAGCGCAGGCCUGCGUGUGCGUAGUCACCCCUCCCUGCAGAGUGAACAGAUAGGCAUAGUGCAUGUCAAUGGCACCAUCACUUUCAUUGACGAGAUCCACAAUGAUGAUGGGGUGUGGCUCAGGCUCAAUGAUGAGACAGUAAAGAAGUAUGUUCCAAGCAUGAAUGGGUACACUGAAGCCUGGUGCCUCUCUUUUAACCAGCACCUGGGCCGGAGCCUACUGGUCCCAGCCGACGAGGUCAGGGGCCAAUCGGAGGAGAACGUAAAGGAGGUGAGCAGCUGCCCUUCCCAUGAGGCCCCCACUCGGGUGCAGAACAGGGCAGGGCAGGGCGGCGGCCCGGGGCUUUAUAAGGUAGUGAAGACCGGCCCCUCUGGUCACAACAUCAGAAGCUGUCCAAACCUUAGGGGUAUCCCCAUUGGAAUGUUAGUUCUUGGCAACAAGGUCAAGGCCAUAGGCGAGGUGGUCAACUCAGAGGGGACCUGGGUACAGCUGGAUAAGAACAGUGUAGUGGAGUUCUGCGAGAGCGACGAAGGAGAGGCCUGGUCGUUGGCCAGAGACCGCGGGGGAAACCAGUACCUUCGCCACGACGACGAACAAGCAUUGCUUGAGCACGGGGCCCAGACCCCGCCGCCGAGCCCUUUCUCCGUGCAGGCCUUUAACAGGGCCGCGACUUCGAACGGAGCGCAGGGCUUUGACUAUGGCAUCUCUAACAACAAAGGUGACCGGUUGAGUGCCAUACUGAAUUCCAUUCAGUCUGGGCCUUUCCUCUCAGCAGCUCCCUCCUCCGUAUUUGAGCAAGCCGCCCAACCUCCCUCCUCCUCCUCCCUUGUCCACAGCCCAUUUGUGUUUGGACAAUCCCCCUCCCAACUGUCUCAGCCACAACCACAGCUUCUGAAUGAUUCAUCUCGCAGCCUCGCUUCUCGUGAGCGUGUGCACAAAAGCAGUGUGUCCGUGGCUGGGCAUGGCGCUGCUCUCUCAUCUCUCGCUCAGAGGCAAAAGGGUGACCGUGGGAGCAUGAUGUCUGGUGCACGGCCCAUGUCCCCAGGCUCCAAACACCGUCAGGAGAAUCGCUCGCCCAAGCAGGAGAGUCGGGGAAGCCGCUCGUCUGAGCAGAGCAGGAGCAAGACGGGUGAUGGUGGACUCUCAGCCAGCGAAGCUCUCAUCCUGCGGUCGGACACGGCCAAACUGAGGUCCGACUCUCACAGUCGCUCUCAUUCGCCCAAUCACAACACUCUGCAGGCUCUAAAGGCAGACGGUCGAAAUUCAGGACUUCGGGCCGAGUCACCAAACCCUGGCUCUCGCUCCUCUUCUCCCAAACAAAAAGCUGUAUCCUCCUCAGGCAGGUUGAGUCCCUCCAACACCUCCUCUCAGCACUCCUCCUCCUCGAGCCACCACGACAAGAACCUCCCAGCUAAAGCGAGUCCAUCCUCCAAAGCCCGACUUGACCCUCCCAGAGAGAGAUCCAAAUCAGAUUCAUACACUCUGGACCCAGACACGCUCAGAAAAAAGAAGGUUCCACUCACAGAGCCACUCAGAGGCCGGUCUACCUCCCCCAAACCCAAACUGUCUCCUAAAGAUCCAAAUACAGAUGUGGUCAAUAAUGCAGAGAACCGGGUUCCUUCUCCACAUGUUACCCAGGAGAACCUCCACAGUGAAGUAGUGGAGGUGUGCACCUCUAGUGCUCUCCUCUCCAAUGAGGAAGGCAAUGAUGAAAAUGUAGAGGUCCCCAAUGAAGAGGACGGCUCAUGCAAGGUGCACUUUAGCAUUGGCAAAGCUCCAGUCAAAGAAGAAGUGGAGAGUCGCUCUUCACCUAAAGUCAGUCGCAAAACCUCCAGUCGACACACGCGCCCCAAGAAGGACAAAUCUGGGCCCCUCUUUAAAGGUGAGAGUACGUCCAGGAUAACUGAGCCUGCCAAACAGGCCAUGUCACCCUCUGUGGCUGAAUGUUCGCGAGCGGUCUUCGCAGCAUUCCUCUGGCAUGAAGGUAUUGUCCACGAUGCCAUGGCCUGCUCAUCCUUCCUAAAGUUCAACCCAGACCUAACCAAAGAGCACGCCCCGAUCCGCAGUUCCCUGGGAGGACAGGGUGCCGAGGAGAAGGAAAACAAAUUAAAGAACCGCCACUCUCUCGAGAUUUCCUCUGCACUGAACAUGUUUAAUAUUGCUCCACACGGCCCGGACAUCUCUAAAAUGGGCAGCAUCAACAAAAACAAGGUGCUGUCCAUGUUGAAGGAACCCCCGUUGCCGGAGAAGUGUGAAGAUGGGAAGGGGGAGGCCAGUUCCUAUGAGAUGACUUCUAAUCCCUCUAUGAGGGCAAAGUCAAUCUUACCGCUGACAUUACAGCAUUUGGUGGCCUUCUGGGAGGACAUAUCCAUGGCCACCAUCAAGGCAGCAACUCAGAACAUGAUCUUCCCCAGCCCGGGGUCCAGUGCCAUCUUAAAAAAGAAGGAGCACGAGAAAGACAGCAAAAAGGCAAAGAAGGAGAAGAAGAAGAGGGAGAAGGCAGAGGUUCGUCCAAGAGGCAAUCUGUUUGGAGAGAUGGCGCAGCUCGCCAUGGGUGGACCGGAAAAAGACACUAUCUGUGAGCUGUGCGGGGAAUCUCAUCCUUAUCCCGUCACCUACCAUAUGAGACAGGCUCACCCAGGAUGUGGACGCUAUGCUGGAGGCCAAGGCUACAACAGUAUUGGCCACUUUUGUGGUGGUUGGGCUGGAAACUGUGGAGAUGGAGGCAUAGGAGGUAGCACCUGGUACCUUGUCUGUGAUCGCUGUCGGGAAAAAUACCUCCGAGAGAAACAGACUGCUGCCAGGGAAAAGGUACCCUACUCCUGCUACAAGGUAAAGCAAUCAAGGAAGAAACCCCUGCAAGUGAAGACCCCGCGGGCUCUGCCCACAAUGGAGGCCCACCAGGUGAUUCGCGCAAACGCUUUGUUCCUGCUGUCCCUCAGCAGCGCUGCUGAGCCCAGCAUGCUGUGCCAUCACCCUCCCCGGCCCCUGCAUUCCCAGCUGCUUCCCAGCCUAAAGGAGGGUGUGUCGGAUGAUCUCCCCAAUAAAAUGGGCUGCCUUUACCUGCAGACACUAGCGAGGCAACACACAGAGAACUUUGGGUCCUACCAAGAUGAUAACCUCUUCCAAGAUGAGAUGAGGUAUUUGCGCUCCACAUCUGUUCCUGCGCCGUACAUUUCAGUCACCCCUGAUGCCUGCCCCAACGUGUUUGAGGAACCCGAGAGCAACAUGAAAUCAAUGCCCCCCAGGCUCUCUAUCAGUCUUGAGACCAGUCCAAUCACAGACAGCGACACAGCAAAGCGUACUGUGUUCCAGAGGUCUUACUCAGUCGUAGCCUCUGAGUAUGACAAGCAACACUCGCCCUCUCCAGCCCGGGUUAAAGCCGUGCCUAGACGCAGGGUUCAAAGUGGUGACGCAGAGGUGGGCUCCUCCCUGUUGAGGCACCCGUCUCCGGAGCUCUCUCGUCUGAUCUCGGCCCACGGCUCCCUCAGUAAGGGCGAGAGGAACUUCCAGUGGCCUGUCUUGGCUUUCGUCAUCCAGCACCAUGACCUUGAGGGCCUGGAGGUGGCCAUGAAGCAUGCACUGAGGAAGUCUGCCUGCAGAGUGUUUGCAAUGGAGGCAUUCAACUGGCUGCUGUGCAAUGUGAUCCAGACCACCUCUCUGCACGACAUCCUUUGGCAUUUUGUAGCAUCUCUCACGCCAUCGCCCUUUGAACCAGAGGAUGAGGAAGAAGAUGAGAACAAGGGGAACAAAGAAAUUGUUGAACAGGAGAGAGACCUUGGCGUUUGUGAACACCCUCUGUCCGAUAUCGUUAUUGCCGGGGAGGCGGCUCAUCCUCUCCCUCACACUUUCCACCGCCUCCUUCAGACCAUCUCUGACCUCAUGAUGUCACUUCCUAGUGGCAGCUCACUUCAACAGAUGGCACUCAGGUGCUGGAGCCUCAAGUUCAAGCAGUCGGACCACCAGUUCCUCCACCAGAGCAACGUCUUCCAUCACAUCAACAAUAUUCUGUCCAAGUCGGAUGAUGGAGACAGCGAAGAGAGCUUCAACAUCAGUGUGCAGUCAGGCUACGAAGCAAUGAGCCAGGAUCUGUGCCUGGUGACCUGUCUGAAGGAUCUGACCAGUGUAGUGGACAUCAAGACGUCCAGUCGUCCCGCCAUGAUCGGCAGCCUCACGGACGGCUCUACCGAGACCUUUUGGGAAUCUGGAGACGAGGACAAGAACAAAACCAAGAGCAUCACCAUCAGCUGUGUGAAAGGCAUUAACGCCUCCAAUGUGUCUGUUCAUGUGGACAACUCCAGGGACAUCGGGAACAAAGUCACAUCAGUGACAUUCCUUUGUGGAAAAGCAAUAGAGGAUCUCUGCAGAAUCAAACAGGUUGACCUCGACUCUCGUCACAUGGGCUGGGUGACGAGUGAACUCCCUGGAGGAGAUCAUCACGUGAUCAAGGUGGAACUGAAAGGUCCGGAGAACACCCUGAGGGUACGCCAGGUGAAGGUGCUUGGCUGGAAAGAGGGCGACAGCAUCAAGAUCCCUGGACAGAUCUCGGCCAGCAUGGCCCAGCAGAAGAACUGCGAGGCUGAGACCCUUCGCGUUUUCCGCCUCAUCACCUCACAGGUCUUUGGAAAACUAAUCUGUGGUGAUGCAGAGCCGACGCCAGAGCAGGAGGAGAAAAACCUGCUCUCAUCACCAGAGGGGGAAGACAAGGCCCAGUCAGAUGCAGAUCUUAAAGAGCACAUGGUGGGAAUCAUUUUCAGCAGGAGCAAACUGACCAACCUGCAGAAACAGGUAUGCGCCCACAUCGUCCAGGCCAUCGGUAUGGAGGCCACGCGUGUGAGGGAGGAGUGGGAGCACGCCAUCUCCAGCAAAGAGAAUGCCAACUCGCAGCCCAGUGACGACGACGCCUCCUCAGACGCCUACUGCUUUGAGCUCCUGUCCAUGGUCCUGGCUCUGAGUGGCUCCAAUGUCGGGCGGCAGUACCUCGCUCAGCAGCUAACACUCAUGCAGGAUCUGUUUUCUCUGCUGCACACGGCUUCCCCACGUGUACAGAGACAGGUGACGUCUCUGCUAAGACGCGUCCUUCCCGAGGUCACGCCGGUCCGACUUGCCAGCAUCAUCGGGGUGAAGGCUCUGCCACCAGCAGACAUCAGCGACAUCAUCCACUCCACAGAGAAGGGCGACUGGAACAAGCUCGGCAUUCUCGACAUGUUCCUGGGCUGCAUUGCCAAAGCCCUCACUGUGCAGCUGAAAGCCAAAGGCACCACCAUCGCUGGCACGGCCGGCAUGGCUGCUGGCAAAGGGGUCACCACUGUCACGCUGCCCAUGAUCUUCAACUCCAGCUACAUCCGCAGAGGGGAGAGCCACUGGUGGAUGAAGGGCUCCACCCCUCCUCAGAUUGCAGAGAUCAUCAUAAAGCUGGUGAAAGACAUGGCAGCUGGUCACCUUUCAGAUGCUUGGUCCAGAGUCACCAAAAAUGCAAUAGCCGAGACCAUCAUCGCGUUGACUAAAAUGGAAGAGGAGCAUCGAUCCCCCGUGCGCUGUAUCGCCACCACAAGGCUGUGGCUGGCCUUAGCAUCGCUGUGUGUGCUGGACCAGGACCACGUCGACAGGCUGUCCUCCGGUCGCUGGAUGGGCAAAGACGGACAGCAGAAGCAGAUGCCCAUGUGUGACAACCACGACGACGGCGAGACGGCAGCAAUCAUACUGUGUAACGUAUGCGGCAACCUCUGCACCGACUGCGACCGCUUCCUCCACCUGCAUCGACGCACGCGCUCCCACCAGAGACAGGUGUUCAAGGAGGAAGAGGAGGCCAUCAAGGUGGAUCUCCACGAAGGCUGUGGAAGGACCAAGCUCUUCUGGCUCAUGGCUCUGGCGGACUCAAAGACUAUGAAGGCCAUGGUGGAGUUCAGAGAGCACACAGGUAAACCAGCCUCCAGCAGCUCAGAUGCCUGCAGGUUCUGUGGCACGAGGAACGGCACCGAGCUGUCUGCAGUGGGCAGCGUCUGCUCAGACCCAGACUGCCAGGAGUACGCUAAACUAGCGUGCAGUAAGACUCAUCCUUGUGGACACCCCUGUGGAGGAGUUAAAAACGAGGAGUCAUGCCUCCCAUGUCUUCAUGGCUGUGACAAGAGCACUGGCUGUCUGAAACAGGACGCAGAUGACAUGUGUAUGAUCUGCUUCACAGAGGCCCUCUCUGCUGCUCCUGCAGUACAGCUGGACUGCACUCACGUGUUCCACCUUCAGUGCACUCGGCGUGUUCUUGAAAACCGUUGGCUGGGGCCCCGAAUCACGUUUGGGUUCAUGUUGUGUCCAAUUUGUAAGAACAAAAUCAAUCACUCUGUGAUCAAGGACUUGCUCGACCCGAUCAAGGAGCUCUACGAGGAUGUGAGGAGAAAGGCUCUGAUGAGGCUGGAGUAUGAGGGACUGCAUAAGAGUGAGGCAAUAACCACACCAGGGGCGCGCUUCCACAAUGACCCUGCAGGCUUCGCAAUGAACAGAUACGCAUACUAUGUCUGCUUCAAGUGCAAGAAGGCCUACUUUGGUGGAGAAGCUCGCUGUGAUGCAGAGGCGGGACAGGGAGACGACUACGACCCCAGUGAGCUGAUCUGUGGAGCAUGCUCAGAUGUCUCAAGGGCACAGAUGUGCGCCAAGCACGGCACAGACUUCCUGGAGUAUAAAUGCCGGUACUGCUGCUCGGUGGCUGUCUUCUUCUGCUUUGGCACCACACACUUCUGCAACGCCUGCCACGAUGACUUCCAGAGGAUGACCAGUGUCCCCAAGGAGGAACUGCCCCAUUGUCCUGCAGGCCCUAAAGGCAAGCAGCUGGAAGGUACCGAGUGCCCUUUGCAUGUGGUUCACCCACCAACCGGGGAGGAGUUUGCCUUGGGUUGUGGGGUGUGCAGGAAUGCCCACACCUUCUAAACAACAUGGGACUUAUACUGAAAACCAGUUUGUCUACUGUGAUUUCUGGCUGCUGCUGACGCCCAGCCUCGAAGCUUGGCUCUCGCUCUGUCAAGUGUCCUGGACGCUGGACCAGGUUUCUGCUCUACGCUAAGAGUCCUCAGGUCUGCUCCUCUACCUACAUCAGUAACCGGGCCCUUCUACAAAGACACGCUGUGGCUCCUUGGGAUUCAGAGAGACCUGAAUGAUGGGGGGGUGGGGGGGGGGACAACAGAAUUUAAAAAACAAGAUUUAAAAAAAUAAAUAAAAAAACUUGUGACGUGUUUGCAUGCGGCCGUUGUAUCCCCUCGGCUUCUAUAGACGUUGCACACCUCCUGAAGUGUAACAGUACAAGAUUAAACAUUGAAUAUGAAAUAAAUUUGCCUAAAAGCAACUGUGGAUCAGCGUGGGUUUAAAAAAAAAAGAAGAGGAACAGGCCCCAUUUCCAGCUUCUAUCUAACUAUAAAUUUAAAAUAUUGUUGUAUGUAAACCUUUUUCGUAAUCUUGUACAGUAUCCUCCACUGUCAAGUGCAUCAUGGGUUGACGGACAAAAAAAAAAAAGGUUGGUGGAUAAGACUGUUAAAAAUGUUAUGUCUGGGCGGGAAAAUAGUGUACGAUUUAUCUAAUCUUGUAUAUAACGAUACUAUUCAAAAUAGCUGUAUUCCGAAGUUGCUACUCUUCACUUCAGUUUUGUUUGAUAUUCUGGGUUAUGUUUUGAGCCAGAACUUUUAAUGAAGUGCAAUACUGGGUGUGCCUCCUAUUUUGCAGCUGUUUAACCUAUGGAAUGUAUGUCAAUAAAUCCACUGUACAUUUUUAUACAGUAGAGAGUCGUAAUCCCCCUCCCCCUCUUCUAAAUGUCAAAUCUCUUGUUGUCUAGAAAUAAGAAGGAGGAGCCUGGCACCCGCAGUGAAUGAUGGUGGAUGUAAAUCCCGUUCGCAGCUGUUUAAAAAAAAAAAAAUGAAUUAUUAAAAAAAAAGAAAGCACCAAAUCCUAUGGUAAUACAAAAACAAACAAAAAACCUCACAGUGAGACUGAUAACAGCUGAAUGAAUUGAGGGGGGCCAGUCUUCACACCAAAUAAAAUUGUGCACCUGUAAUGCUUUUCCGGAGUAGGAGGCAAGGGGGGCUGGAGGCGGGGCGGGGUCAGGGGGGAAUGGAGUGUGGAAAAAGCAGCUGCUGUUAUAUAAAAAGCUUAAUACUUGUGAAUCUGCUCUGUAAUAUCUGUGGUGGAUGGAGUUGAAUGGUAAAUAAACCAGGUUCUCUGUUUCACAAAGUA